AUGGUGCAGCUCCUGCCAGAGGACGCCCCUGCUGACCCACUUGUGCUCUCUCUGUUGCAGGAUGUGAUCCAAGUAUCUAAGAAGUACCUCCCAGGGAUGGCAGUGGGGUAUUCCAGCGCUAAGCUGACCUUGCAUGUGGGAGAUGGUUUUGAGUUCAUGAAACAAAAUCAAGAAGCCUUUGAUGUGAUUAUCACGGACUCGUCUGACCCCAUGGGUCCUGCAGAAAGCUUAUUCAAAGAAUCCUACUACCAGCUGAUGAAGACAGCCCUGCGAGAAGAUGGGAUUCUUUGCUGCCAAGGUGAGUGCCAGUGGCUGCACCUGGAUCUCAUUAAGGAGAUGCGUCAGUUCUGCAAGUCUCUGUUCCCUGUUGUGGAAUACGCCUAUUGCACCAUCCCCACGUAUCCCAGCGGGCAGAUUGGCUUCAUGCUCUGCAGCAAGAACCCGAACACAAAUUUCCGGGAGCCUGUGCAGCCGCUCUCACAGCAACAAGUAGAGGAGAGGAGUCUGAAAUACUACAACUCUGACGUUCACCGGGCAGCUUUCAUUCUGCCAGAGUUUGCACGGAAGGCCCUGAGCGAUGUGUGAGACUGAGAAGCUGCUUCCUUCCUUCAAGGUGGACCCUGAGAUCCUCAGCGAUGUGAUGGGGACCUUCCCGGCAGACUGCAGAUUUGCUCUCCACUGUGUGGGAUUGUUUAACCCUUUGCCAGCCAACAUUCCCUUUGAUGAUGUGUUAAAGAUGAUGGGGCAUAAGCCAGAUAAGACUAGUGAAAAGGUCCAGUGACUUAUUGCGUGAGGUCAAAACUGUUCUUUCCAGUGCUGGAAACGUAAGAUGUCUUUUUCCUUUCUCUCCUCCCUGCACCCAUUCUAAAUUCUCCCGACCCUGCGUUCCCCUCCCACCUCCAUCCCUGGCAACUGACAUGGUAUAUUUAUAACUGACACGUAUUUCUGUCCGGUGAUCUUCUGAAACCUGGGAAGAGUCCAGAAGGGUCACUGACUCAGCCUUAAGCACAGAGAGCAAGAGCUUUGUGCACAAAGUUAGCUUGCUCUCUCCUAAUAGGAGCUCCCUGCUGCCGAGACAUUCUGACUGGUAACGGGUCUGAACCUUCAUGUCCCACUGCCCUUCUGCGACACCUGCGCUGUCCUGCAGCACAGUUGGAGAAGUCGCAGU